AUGGUCGGCAAGGUAGGCAGUAGAGGAGGAUCUGACGGCAAGACGAGAGGCAAGUAUGGUUUCCGCACACCAGACGGCUGCAUGCACGUUGUCUCCUUCGAGGCUGACCAAGCAGGCGGCUACCGCGUCCUCGGCACCACGAAGGAGGACUGCACCUUCGACACAAGUCGACAUCCAGUGUUUAAUGGAACUACAGCUAGACGUCCCUUGUCGGUACCCAGAUUACCAGUGACGAGUACUACACAACCACAAACGUUCAACACACGACCAGACACAACUACUACGCGAGUAUCAGCGACGCCUACGACCACAACAACGACUACCUUCAGAAGUGCGGCAGUAGUCACGAGUCCCACAGUGAAGGAUCCACUCUCCGUACCCGGGAUCCCGGUUGUUGACAACACCAUCACUGAGGACUCCCAAGGCAGGCAGUUACGUCCCCCCACCAGACCAUCACCAGGAAUCGUAUUCACCACCGAACCCAUCCCCACCAUCAUCCCAGCCAUCACCACCACCACCCCCAAGCCAGAGAAGAAGCCUGAGCCCCUCUACUCCUUCGGUUUCACCACGCCCACCCACGGACACACUGAGACAGGACUUCCAGAUGGGUCUAAGAAGGGAGAGUACUUCUGGGACACUCCUGAAGGAUGGCGAUACAUUGUUACUUACGAAGCCAAUGCACGAGGCUUCUAUCCCAAGAUCCGUCGUCUAAGAACCCCCACUGCCACCACUACUACUACUACUACUACAGAAGCUCCCACUGACAGCCAGGGCAGGAGUAACCCCAACGGCAGAGGCAAGGUACUGGAGUUAGGUCCACCUAGUAAUGCUGCUAGCUCUGGCUGCCCCUACUUUUUCUACUACAACACGAGGAUCAACUACCACUGGGAACACUGCUACCUGAACAACACCAAGGUGGGAGAGUUCGGCAGCCUGGGAUCAGACGGUUAUGCCGUCAAGAACGCCUACUAUGCUGACCUGACUGGUUUCCAUCCCACCCUGACCCGCACGCCCCUCACUCCCCUCCAGCAGAAGACUAUGGCAGAGUACUCAGCAGGUGUCUUCAUUGUCCCUAAGCCAGACGAGGAGAGGCGGGAAACAGAGAAGAGGAUCCUGGCCUGGCUGGAAGAGAACAGAGAUCAACUGCAGAACCCUCUCCGUUGACCCCUACACAACCACAGUACUGAACGGGACGCCAUGCACACUCGCCUCCAUAGACCUCUUCACUGAUAUAUUACUGAUUUCAAUGGCAUUAUGAAUGCCUUCAAGUUCAGAUUUUUUAAUAUUUUUUUGCUAUGUUUAACAUAAAAACAGUUUAAAAUGCUGGCCAUGACAUUUGAUUCUUACGGGCUGACUCGGUAAAGCCUAAUGUACUUGAGAGAGAUGUUUUAUGUCCAAAAAUCUACAUGACAAACAGGAUUUUAUUUUUAAAACAGGCAAUUCGGUACAGAGCAGAGCAUACAGCAUUAUUUAAACAUUGCAUUGUUUGACCCACCUUCAAUUUAUUUCUUGUAAAUAUAGAGCGUGUUCGCGCACCCUCACAUAAUAUACAUGUUAGGUAUUUCAUUACACCUAAAUGAUGAGGUGCUUUAGUAUAAUUAAGAAAAAUAUUUGAAUCCGAUUUUUGUUUAUCAUUGCUGCCUUCCCAGCAGAGUCUUGACGUAAGACCUGGUAAGGGGUUGUGUGUGUUAUUAAUUUAAAGAUCGAGUACUGAGGCGAUCUCAAGGAAGGAAUAUUUGUAUUUUGUAAUUGGGAUUUAUUCGAAAAAAAUAACGGAAAAAGUACAGAACAAAAAUGAUCGCGGUUGUGGUUCAAGAGGCGGGGGCCAGGAGCUAAGACUCGACCCCAGCAAGUAUAAUUAGGUGAGUACACAUACACCCACGUUUAUGGUUUAUGUGAAUGACAUAACAGAUGUGACCGAGUCGGGUGUAUCAGCUAAUGUAAUGCUUACGAGAAAAAAAAAAUAGAAAAAAAGAGGUAAAUUAUUCUGGACAAACAACAGAUAAGUGGUUGCUGAAAUUCAACUCCAGUAAAUUGAAUGUUAUGAAAAUUGGGGAAGGGGCCUCAAGACCGGAUACGGAGUAUAGACUGGGGGGGAGGGGACAGAGGCUGCAGACCUCAUUCAGAGAAAGACUUAGGACUGAGCCUAAUGCCUAACAUAUUCCCUGAGGCUACUAUCAACUACAUAACCUCUGCAGCCAAUGCUCGUCUGACAAAUCUAAAGUUAGCCUUAAGGAAUCUCAGCAGAGUCGUCCAGGGCACUUCAUACGACAUACGUCAGGCCCACCUAGAAGUAUGCAGCACUGACAUUACAACUCACACCUGAAAAAAAUGUUAAACUGCAUGCAGAUUCAUGCAAAAAGGCUUGCUCCUUACCUAAGGGGCACGAGCUACGAGGAGAAACUAACUGGAUUGAAUCAAACUAUAUGAGAUGACACAAGAACUAGGCUGAGGCAUGAUAACCUUACAGAAUACUCCGAGGAAAUGUUAGGAUACAUGGGAAUAAAAAAAUAACUAGUAGAAUUAGAUUCCCCAUACGGGAGCGGAGACAAAAGAAAAAAUGAAUGCAGCCAGGGGCCAGAUUUUGGUAUAAGUUAAACAAGCUACAACUUAGGGUCUCGCAGUUUGAAGGGACUCCUUAAAAUUUAAAAAUAUAUUUUUCAUUUGCUUAUGCCUAAAUCCGAUUCUGAAUUCAUACCUUAUACACUUCAUAAUUAAUUAAAGGUAUAUUUUAAAGUUCUAAUAGAAUAACCCUCCCGCCCCUCACACACCAGUUUGCUAUAUAUCUUGGCAGCAGCCUUGUGAAGGUCAGUUGUUCCACAGCAUUAUUCUCCGUUAACACUUGCCAUAUAGUGCCUUAACAACUUCCCAUAGCUAAGGGCCUCACCAUGUCAAAAUUCGUCCCUGGACACAGCAGUAAAGAAGUUUGAGUCAAUAUUCAAAGAAAAUAAAAAAAAUGAGCUGGGCGUUGGUGAUAAUGAGGUACUGAGCUGAUAGUAUUGGGUGUGAAGAAAGAAAUGAUAUUCAGUUACAUGCAGCUGAACUACAGAAUAAGAAAUUAUGAUGGCAUAAUUUUUUUUCUGACAGGUAAAACGAAAAGGUAUUUGGAAGGCAAGAGAAGAUGGAGAUCAAUGUGCCGAGAGGUAAAGGAAGGUUUCAAGAAAUAAAAUAGGAAAAAGAUACAAUCAGAAGUUACAGGGAGGCACAAGAGGACUUGAAAGAAAUAAGAACACAGAACACUGCAGAAGACUGGGAUAACAAGAAGGAGAACAAGGAACGACUAUGCAAGGAUAAGAAAGUCAAAAUGAAAAGUUAAAAGAAAAUAUAAGUAAAAGUCAAAAUGUAACCAAGGUUACUUCACAAGCUAAGAACCCAGGGUGUAAGGUUGAAGGAGAGGACGUAAUGAAGGAUGACAGAAGUAUACAGAACCUUGCAGAAAAUCAAAGCCCACAUCACAGAAGAAAUCAAAGUUAUCACAUGUCUGUGACAUAUUAACGCCUACUAAAUAUGUGAACAAAGAAUCAUUCAAAACCUAAUACGCAACAUAUGUCACACCUACCAUAGAAGAUGCCAUUGCGUGAAGUAUCGACUUGACUGGUGACAACAUUAUAUGCAGACCUAAAAUUUUGAAUGUGCUAUUGUUGUAUGUG